AUGGUGCUUGUUGAAUCUCUUCAGACUAGUUCUGCAAUUGACCUGAGUAAGACGAAGCCACACAAAUACGGUCCUAGUAGUUCUGAUGAUUUUCCGUCUACUGAGAAAGAAGGUAGUGGAGAAGAGCUGUCCUCUUCUAAUUCUCUUAAACAGGCAGUGGAGCACAUAGAUAACGAAGAGCGGACUAUAUUGCAUGUGGCUAUCAAGUACCGCCAGUUGGAGGUUUUCGAACUUGUGUCGAACAUGGAAGUAGUAAUGAGGUGGAUGAUACGAAGGAUUGACAACAAAGGGAACACUAUUCUGCAUAUGGUUGGAAUAAAAAGAGAGGAUUAUGUACCUGAGAAGUUACGUGGCCCUGCAUUUGAAUUGCAAGACGAGCUGAUUUGGUUUGAGCGCGUGAAGGCAGUCACAAAAGCCCAUUUUAUUGAUCAUCGGAACAAUGAGAAGCAGACUGCUGAAGGCUUAUUUGCAAAUACCUACAAAGAUCUCCGAAAUGAAGCCAAAGUGUUAGUUCUUGUGUUGGCUUAA